AUGGACGUAGACGUGGACGUGGACCUGGACGUGGACGUGGACAUGGACAUGGACGUGGACGUGGACGUGGAGGACUUGGACGUGGAGGAUUUGGAUGACUUGGACGUGGACAUGGACUUGGACAUGGACGUGGACUUGGACGUGGACAUGGACUUGGACAUGGACGUGGACAUGGACGUGGACAUGGACUUGGACAUGGACGUGGACAUGGACGUGGACGUGGACGUGGACGUGGAGGUGGACGUGGACGUGGACAUGGACGUGGACAUGGACGUGGACGUGGACGUGGACGUGGACAUGGACGUGGACAUGGACGUGGACGUGGACGUGGACGUGGACGUGGACGUGGACAUGGACGUGGACACGGACGUGGACGUGGACGUGAACGUAGACGUGGACAUGGACGUGGACGUGGACGUGGACGUGGACGUGGACAUGGACGUGGAGGACUUGGACGUGGACUUGGACGUGGACGUGGACGUGGACAUGAACAUGGACGUGGACGUGGACGUGGACAUGGACAUGGACGUGGACGUGGACAUGGACGUGGACGUGGACAAGGACGUGGACAUGGACGUGGACAUGAACGUGCACAUGGACAUGGACGUGGACGUGGACAUGGACAUGGACGUAGACGUGGACAUGGACGUGGACGUGGACGUGGACAUGGACGUGGAGGACUUGGACGUGGACUUGGACGUGGACGUGGACGUGGACGUGGACAUGGACAUGGACGUGGACGUGGACGUGGACAUAGACAUGGACGUGGACGUGGACAUGGACGUGGACGUGGACAUGGACGUAGACAUGGACGUGGACGUGGACGUGGACGUGGACGUGGACAUGGACGUGGACGUUGACGUGGACAUUGUCGUGGACGUGGACGUGGACGUGGACGUGGACAUUGUCAUGGUCGUGGACGUGGACGUGGACGUGAACGUGGUCGUGGACGUGGACGUGGACGUGGACGUGGACGUUGACGUGGACAUGGACAUGGACAUGGACGUGGACGUGGACGUGGACGUGGACGUGGACGUUGACGUGGACAUGGACGUGGACGUGGACGUGGACGUGAACGUGGUCGUGGACAUGGACGUGGACAUGGACGUGGACAUGGACGUAGACGUGGACGUUGACGUGGUCGUUGACUUGGACGUGGAGGUGGACGUGGACGUGGACGUGGUCGUGGACAUGGACGUGGACGUGGACGUGGUCGUGGACGUGGAUAUGGACGUGAACGUGGACGUGGACGUGGUCGUGGACGUGGACGGGGACGUGGUCGUGGACGUGGACGUGGACAUGGACGUGGACGUGGUCGUGGACGUGGUCAUGGACGUGGAGGACUUGGACGUGGAGGACUUGGACGUGGACGUGGACGUGGACGUGGACGUGGACGUGGUCAUGGACGUGGUCGUGGACGUGGAGGACUUGGACGUGGAGGACUUGGACGUGGACGUGGACAUGGACGUGGACGUGGACGUGGACGUGGUCGUGGACGUGGUCGUGGACGUGGACGUGGUCGUGGACGUGGUCGUGGACGUGGACGUGGUCGUGGACGUGGUCGUGGACGUGGACGUGGACGUGGUCGUGGACGUGGAGGACUUGGACGUGGAGGACUUGGACGUGGACUGA